GAGCAGCCUCCCCUUGUGUUCCAAAUCCAAGUGGUUCGACUUUGGUCUGUUGUUCACUGAAGUCAAAAUCAUGGUGAAAGCAGUGGUCGGAGAGGAAAGCCAACUCCAGCUGGCCGAAGACCGUCUUUCACAAUCUUCAGCUCCGGCUCAGGUUGGUCUCGUGAUAGGGAAACUCAGCUCCGGUAUUGAUCGCGGCUUCGUGUACGAUCUAAUACCCACUCCUCAAAACGACGCCGGACAAUCCGCUUGUUCGGUCUUGGAGCCAGCCAAGGAUAAUAGGAAAAAGGGAUCGAAACCCAAAUCUCAGUCCUCUGAUUCUUCCUCUUCUUUGGUCAUCGACAAGGAUUGGGUCGCUGAACAUGCUCGCCAAGUGUCACGAAUGAUGGUGGGUGGAAUCAAAGUAAUCGGCAUUUAUGUGUGGGCUAGUGAGGUCGCAUUCAAGAAUUCUACCAUGGUGCUUUGUCAGACUGUGAAGGGAAUUGCUGAAGCAGCAUCCCUUUUGGAGGAUGAUCUUGAUGAAAGAUUGCUUAUUCACAUAUGUUAUAGCCCAAGGAGAUGGACAUGUCGAAAUUGUACACUGUCAUCGAGUAUUACAUCAAGCAGCUUACGGCCUUGUGACUUCAAAAUGGGAAGGGUGUUAACUUCCCUUCAAACUUUUAAGUGCUUCUACAACUUUGAUCUUAGGCUUCCUAUAUAUCAAGAGAAAGCAUCAAAAUCUGAGACACUUGUUGAUGUUCUCCGUAAUGGAAUUUCAAAUUAUGUUCAAGAGUUGCGAGGUGCAAAAGCCAUGAUCGAUGGUAACCUGGUUGUUAAUGAUGAAACGUGCACAACAGAUGGUUUGCAUGAAGUUGAGUUGCUUCUACCAUUCAUGAAGGAUAUGUACAUUGAAGCAUGCAGCCAGAAAGAUGUUGUAGGUAUUGUCAGUUUUACUGGCUCAGUAUGUUCCUUUUCAUUCUUGAAUUCGAAGGAACCAAUUUCACAGGCUGUUGCUGAUAUAAAGGAUGAUAUCAUCAGGAGUUUGCUAAGCAGGCUGGAUAUCAUUUGUGAUGAAGCGGAUGAAGAUGUAUGGCCAAAUGAAGAUGUAAUUAGGGAAACAAGAAAUGACUCAUCGUCUGAAAAGCCGGUUUCCCAACUUGUUUUACACUCCUUGAGGAGAACCUGCAAUCUUUCAUUACCUCGGAGGGUCUUUGUACAGUGGUUGGCCGGUACAUUUAUCAGCGACUAUCUUCAACCAUCAGAAACACUCGAGGUUUUGAAAGACCAUUGCGUUGAGUUGAUGUGCAUGGAAGCCCCAAAUGAUGCCUCAAAAAUCUUGGAGCUCGAAGAAGAACCCGUUAGAGUGACAGCCAGACCCUUUCGGGAUGUAGUCCUCCCUUACUGUUCGAGGUCGAGCACUUCCCAAGAAAAAAGCAGAGAAGUUACUAGCAAAGGAACUAGCCAGAAAGCCAUCAAGUCAUCCAAUGUCAACUUCAUUGCUGCCAUCAUCAUCCUUCUCCUCUCACUCUUAGUAGGUACUUCCAUUUUUGUCAGAAAAUCAUAGUGCACUGUGUGAACAUUUGGUAGUAAUAUGGAAUAUUUUCAGAACCGGAUAUCAUACGAUGUUACAAUGAACUUUGGCUGAUGCCUGUUUUGCGUUCAUUUUGGACAUGCUACAACAUGACAUGAGUAAGAUACAUGUAAUAAGCAUGAAAACUUGAUUAAUAAAACAAUGAGGGUACAAAUUAUUUAGUAAAUGAAAAGAGACAUCUGUUCAGUCAAUUAUUUUGUAAUACAAACAGACUUUUUUUUAGUCAAAUUGCUUUUAAAAUUAAAGA